AUGUCUACUUCCUGGGUCAACGUCUCGCCGAAAAGCCACUUCUCCCUGGCGAAUAUUCCUUUCGGCAUCAUCUCAACAAAAUCAGACCCGACUCAUCGUCCUGCGGUCGCGAUUGGAGACCAUGCCCUCGAUCUGAAGGCAUUCGCCAAAGCAGGCGGCUUCCACGCCCUGCCCUCGAUCCAAGAGCGCAUCUCCGUCUUCUCCUCGACAACGCUGAACGACUUCGCGGCUCUCGGUAGACCAGUCCACAAGGAAGUCCGGUCGUACCUCCAGUCCAUCCUCAGCGAGAACACCCCGCACGCAGGUCUUCUGAAAGACAAUGCGGAGCUGCGCAAGACGGCACUGAUCCCCUUCGCCGAGAUCCAGAACCACAUGCCGCUUGCCAUUGGCGAUUACACCGACUUCUACGCCGGCAAGAACCACGCCUACAACGUGGGUUGUCUCUUCCGAGGCCCGGCGAACGCCCUGCAGCCCAAUUACGUGCAUCUGCCUGUCGCGUACCACGGUCGCGCGAGCAGCGUCGUCGUCUCCGGGACCCCGAUCCGCAGACCAUGGGGCCAGAUCUUGAAGAAUCCCGCAGCGGAUCCCAAGGUCCCCGUGCUGACGCCGUGCGAGCGUCUGGAUCUCGAGCUGGAGAUGGGCAUGUUCCUCUGCCGCGAGAACAAGCUCGGAGAACCGGUGCCUGUGGACGAGGCGGAGAACCACAUCUUUGGCUACAUCCUGAUGAACGACUGGAGCGCCCGCGACAUUCAGGCCUGGGAAUACGUCCCCCUCGGCCCCUUCACGUCCAAGAACAUGGGCACCAGCAUCAGCGCCUGGGUUGUCCUGGCCGACGCGCUUGAGGGUACCAAGACGGCUGGCAUCGAAAACUCGACGGAGCUGCAGCCGUACCUUCGCGAAAGCAAGAAGAACAACGUUCUCGGCAUUGAGCUGGAAGUCGAUCUGAUCACUGCCAACGGAAACAAGACUACAAUCAGCCGGACCAACUCCAAGAACCUCCUGUGGUCGUGGCCGCAGAUGAUUGCCCACCACACCAUCACCGGCUGCAACCUGCGACCGGGCGACUUGCUGGGUUCUGGCACGAUCUCGGGCACCGAGUCCGGCACUGAGGGCAGCAUUCUUGAGCAGACACAGGGCGGAAAGCAGCCGGUGAAGCUCAACGGGGGAGAGGAGCGCAAGUUCCUGCAGGACGGCGAUACCUUGAUCAUCCGUGGCUGGAGCGGACAAGAUGGCGCACUGGUUGGCUUUGGUGAGGUUUCUGGCAAGAUUGAGGCUGCAUUGCCCCUAUUCUAG